ACACACAGUACUAUGAAGAUGAACCCUUCUCCCCUGUUAAUGUUAUUUCCUCAAAGCCUAGAAAAGUAAACCUAUCCCAACACACACUUUCUAUUCUAAUACUACUACCCUAUUCUUUCACCUAUCUCUCUCCCACAACAAAACAAAACCAAAACAUUAAACAAAUAUAACAAUACUCUUUUUAUUUCAACCUUCUCCAACAUGCCACUCCCUUCUUCCCGCCGAAGGAACACGGCACCACCGGAACCAAAUCCACCGUCUGCUCCGGCGAAGCACCCUAAACCCACCACCACUAAAAAUAGCAUAUUUUCACCUUCCCCUUCUCACCAAGAUUUGAUUCAAGCUACAAAGUCCUCUUCUUUUUUAGUUAAACCCUUCUCAAGCCUCAACUUGGGUAGCAGAAAAACUCGUACACCUCAAAAACAUUCUCAAACUAAACAUGUUGUUGACACACGUUUGCAACCCAAAUCCAUGACAACCUCUGCAAUUCUUGAUGAUUCCUCAAAACCCAACAAUACUCACAACAAAGUAUCAACACCCAAGUUUGAAAAAGAUAGUAUUUUUUUAACUUCUAAGAGAACACAUAAAGAGAAACCUCAAAAACCUGGUUCAGAAUUGGAAAGGUGGAAACUUCAGAGCUUAUUGAAGAAUGAGAAGAAGGAUUCUUAUAAAGGGUCAGUGUUUGAAGAAGUAAAGAUUGAAAAAUCAAGGAAACAAGUUGUGGAAGAAGGUGGUGAUGUUAAGGAGAGAGUUUCUGUUUCUUCUGUGGUGGGUCAAAGUGGGAGUAGAAGAAAAUCUUUAUGUGGGUCAAUGGUUGAUUUAGGAGAUUUCUUUGCAAUUAAUGGGGCGAAAAUGGUUUCAGCUGAUAUGCCACCGUUUAUGCAGAUCCAUGCUGUUGACUGUGCUAGAAAGGCUUUUGAUAGUAUGGAGAAAUUCACUUCCAAAACCCUUGCAUUAUCCCUCAAGAAGGAAUUUGAUGGGGUGUAUGGGCCAGCAUGGCACUGUAUUGUGGGGACUAGUUUUGGAUCUUUUGUGACCCAUUCUGUUGGAGGGUUUCUAUAUUUCUCCAUGGAUCAAAAAUUGUACAUCCUUUUAUUUAAGACCGCUGUACAAAAAGCAGAUUGAAAGAGGAGGUGAAUUUGGCAGAAUUCAGAAGAAGAAGAAGAAUUUUAGUAUAGAUUUGUCAUACAAAAGAAAAAGGCUUAGAGUAGUAACAUCCUUUGUACAUUGUUUAUGUUUCAAAAAUGGAUCACCCUAUUUGUUUCUGUCUUAUUCUCAUCUCCCUACUAGCUCUAAAAUGUGAAUGCUUUGUAACUAAUGUUAUGGGGGUUAAUAGAACCAACAUAGUCUUGCAUAGAUACUCGGGUCUCAAAUAUAAGCAAACGGAAGGUUUAAAGAAAGUUGGUGUAUUUGAUUCAAAAUUUAGAUUAAAUAUAUCAAUUUUAUUUGACUCUACUUUUACUUAUAUUUAAGACCAUAAACAUUAUUUGAUCUUGGGGUUUGAUCUAUGGGGAUUGAUAAAUGUAUGGUACAUAUGGAAAAAUAUGCUGAAUAGGUCAACUAUUUAAAUGGAUGUUAGUAUUAGAACUCCGAA